AUGGGGAUAAAAGAGCAAAGCAACCCGUUCCAACUUCAGACUCCGAAAAGACAUCGCAUCGACCCUACACCAGACGCAGAAGACUCUCAGACCAAGUACAUCCAUACAGCAAACGCCAUGUCGGCACCUCCUUACAACAAGUUAAAGUACUACACCGCCGGCACACCCAAUGGAUUCAAGCCAGCCAUCGUGCUCGAAGAGCUUGGCCUGCCCUACGAAGUUCGGGAGAUUAAUUUCAUGACCAACGAACAGAAAGAGGCAUGGUUCAUUGAGAUCAAUCCCAACGGAAGAAUCCCCGCGUUGAAGGACAGCGACGACUUUCGCGUCUUCGAAUCCGGUGCCAUCAUGUUGUAUCUGACGGACAUGUACGACAAGGAGAGAAAGAUUAGCUACGAGUACGGCACCAGAGAUUACUACGAGGAGUUGAGUUGGCUGAUGUUUCAAAUGGCCGGCAUCGGGCCUAUGCAAGGACAAGCCAACCACUUCCGCGCCAUGGCGCCUGUCUACUCGGAAUACGCCAUCAAACGUUUCGUGGACGAGACCAAACGCCUGUACAGUGUGCUGGAGAUCCGAUUGUCCAAGGCCGACUGGCUUGCCGGUGACAAGUAUACGAUUGCCGAUAUUGCUAACUACUCCUGGCUCAAAUUCAGUGAGAUCUUGGAGGAUAUCGACUUUAACGAGUACCCUGGCGUGCAGAGAUGGAUGAAGCGCAUUGCCGACAGGGAGGCAGUACAGCGGGCUAGGAAGGUUCCCCCCAGUGGCAGAUCCGACGAGGAGAUGAAACAAUGGUUGAAGUCUAUGAUUGCUCGGGUUGAGGCUCUGAAGGGCACGAACAAGGAUGAAUCGAAGAUGUAA